CAGACGCGAUGAGGGUCGAGCGACCCGCACUAUCGCGGACGCUGCCGGUCCCAGUAGCCUGCGAUCAGGCGGCGCGACCUGGUGCUCAGCGUAUAGGUUCGCGCGCCUCUGACGGCCGCCGCGGCCUCACGCCGCGAACUUUGCCACACAACAUUGACGAGACAAGCUCUCAGUGAUGCGGAAUCGCUCGUCACGCCUAUACCAUGCCAAGCCUUGCGUAAUAAUAAUAAUUGUUGUGUGAAAUUCGGCUACGUUUUUAUUUAAAGAAUAUAUGUCUGAGCUUUCAUACAACGUGUUGCGCGACCUACUUUCGCAGUCGAACUUAUCGACUGGAGACAGCUGUUUGAUCCGACGCGGUCAGGCGAGCGAGUAAUCUGUGCAGCGGAGCGCGAGCGUGGCGGGCGCAUGGCGGCGGUCACGUGACGCCGCGCCAUGCGCGUCCGCCCGCCGCUGUCCCUGUUGCUGGUUACGGUGGCCGCCGUCGCCGUUAUCAGCGCGGUUCCCUUCCAUGUCCCGGAAUCCACUCCCGCGUCUCUGCUGCUCGUGGCGCAGUCUGCCUGUCAGAUGGACGAUCCAUCUCUCUUUUCUCAAAAAAGUCUUGAACGCUAUGCUGCUACAAUCACACGCUAUUCUAAUAUUUCUCAUCCAUACCAUCUUCUGAAUUACGAAGAAACUUGUGGCAUAAACUGGGAAACUAAAGUCACCCGUCGUGCAUUGACGACGCUCGGAGCGGGUGGUGGAGUAGUCAUAUCGGGAAGGCCUGGGACGGCAGUGUGUAAUAGCGUGUCUUUAGCAGCGCGAGCUCUACACCGCCCACAGCCUGCCAAGUGUAGCGAGACACAUGCCCGAGGCGCCGUUGUAGUUCAGCUAGCUGUGGACCUGCACUGGCGACGGGCUUUGAUGUUGCCAACGAGUGUUGUGAACGAGUGUGCUGUGGCACAACAGGAAGUUGAGACAGCUCUCAUUGCGGCCGGUGUCCUCGUGAAACAUGUGCAUACAAAAGCCGAAGACUCCGCUCUCCGUCCGCAUGUGAUAAUCCUUUGCGAUUUAUCAAUCAAUGACUUGAAGAUGGUAGAAAAAUUAAACGACACCGAAAUACUGAUUUUACGCGUGGACGACUCUAGAACAUUUAAGGUGUCUGAUUCAAUGGACAAAAUAAAUAGCAAAAAAGAUCAAACAAUUUUAAAUAAAAAAUCACCACAAACUGCGAAAACGAUAUUCACAGAAUAUUUAUCGGAUUAUUUUGAACCUUCUCAAAAAACGAUCUCACCACGGCCGAUAACUUAUAAUUCAAAUGAACUCUAUUCAUUGCCCGCAAAAGUUAUAAAAACAUUGAAACGGAACGUUCCACAUAGCACAAUACACGAGGAGAAGUUAAAUUCACUUAAUUUUACGACGAUAAGCAGAAGUAAGUUUAAUAAUAGUUUGCCUUUAAAAAUGGAAAAUUUGGGUUCUCGCCAAAAACGGGAUACAGAAGACGUACAUUCUGAUUAUAUUGAUACAUUUCUUAAAAGCUUAAAUCUGGCGAUAAAUGAUCGCCUAUUAGUACUCACUGACGAUUUUACGGGGGUCAGAUCAACCAGCCAAGAUCUGUAUCGUGAAGUUCUUGAAGCUACUUUAACACAUUUAGAAGCGGAACGCGUGAAGUUGCAGUAUUCUACUAACGAGUUUUUCUUAUAUAAAAGUGAACUUUUAAACAGAAGUAUAAUAUGGCGGCGUGUUGCGACGUUGACGACUUUGUCGGAAAGAUCAGUAGUUUCAUCCAACGAAUGGACUACCAAAGUUGUCGUGGACUUACCUGGCGAGCUAGAAUUAAAAAUUUGGAGCAGAACACGUAAUCAAGAAGUCGAGGAGUUGAAAAUAAUGAAUAGAAUGGAAAUAACACAGCUAGCUGUUGUAAUGCUGUGUGUCGCGUGUACACUAUUCGGCGCACUGGCAUUGGGCGCAUUUUACGUGAGGCGCUCAUCCAUUCGACAUAUGCCAAGGAGACCUCGUGCAGUCCCUAUUCUUGCAUCUGCUGAUUUCCAAUUCCCAGCUGAUGAACGUCGUCGGGUAGGUGAAGGCAUGGAGACCAUGCUGUCCUGGCUUCAACAAUUUCAUGAAUUUAGUGGUUCGGAACCAGAACGCCCUGAUUUACUAAAAAGGCCAGAACCUCUUGCUCAAUCUGCACCGUCUUCCACUUGCAGUGUCACGCGACUGGCGCCUGAUAACCGUACCAGGUACAAGGGUGAUCCUGUCCACAUGAAAUACUUACCCGCUUCGACGCUCGAACUACGUCGUAAAACAAUUGAUAUAUUACUUGUGAUGCAAAGUCUACGUCAUGAGAACUUGAAUCCUUUUAUUGGUUGCUUGACGGAAAUCCGACCCGCGUUAGUAUUCGAAGCAUGCGGACGCGGCUCAUUGGAGGAUGUACUGGUAGCGGACGAUAUCCGACUGGACUGGACCUUUCGGCUCUCUCUGCUCACUGACUUAGUACGCGGCAUGCGCUACCUGCAUACUUCGCCUUUGCGCGUACACGCACGUCUCUCAUCGCGAAAUUGCGUCGUUGAUUCUCGCUGGGUUCUGCGCGUUACUGACUAUGGCCUGCCUUCAUUCACCUCUGCUCAGUCACUCCCUUACCCUCCUCGAUCUGCUCGGGAUUUGUUAUGGACAGCUCCAGAGAUUCUUCGAGAAACCAGUUCAGCAACGGUACCAGGCGGUACCCAGGCGGGUGAUGUGUUUUCAUUUGCUAUAAUUAUGCAGGAAGUCCUGGUCCGCGGCGAACCUUAUUGUAUGUUAUCACUUACACCUGAAGAGAUAGUGGACAAGCUAAUACACGCACCGCCGCUGAUUCGCCCGUCGGUCUCGAUGAGUGCUGCCCCGCCCGAAGCCGUGAGCGUAAUGCGACAAUGCUGGAGUGAGCAGCCCGACUUACGCCCUGAUUUCAUUCGGCUGUACGAAGUCUUUCGACAUAUGCAUCGAGGACGGAAAGUAAACAUAGUCGAUUCAAUGUUUGAAAUGUUAGAAAAGUAUAGCAAUAAUUUAGAAGAGCUGAUUAAAGAUCGGACUGAGCAACUCGAUAUGGAAAAAAAGAAGACCGAGCAACUACUUAACAGAAUGUUGCCGAGAUCGGUAGCAGAACGUCUGAUGCUGGGGCUGCGUGUCGAGCCCGAAGAGUUCGAGGAGGUGUCGAUAUACUUCAGCGACAUCGUGGGAUUCACAUCGCUCGCCGCACGUUCCACGCCCGUGCAAGUAGUAGACCUGCUGAAUGAUCUCUACACGACUUUUGACGCAGCAAUUGAACAGUACCGGGUCUAUAAGGUGGAGACUAUUGGCGACGCUUACAUGGUAGUUGGCGGCCUACCUAUUCGCUGCAUUGACCACGCGGAGAAUGUGGCCACGAUGGCUCUACACUUGUUGCAUCUAGCAGGACGCUUUCGCAUCCGUCACCUGCCCGUCACACCGUUGCAUCUGCGUAUCGGUUUACAUACGGGUGCGUGCUGCGCUGGCGUGGUCGGUCUCACUAUGCCACGCUAUUGUCUAUUUGGCGAUACUGUCAACACCGCCUCCCGUAUGGAGUCCACAGGAGCAGCGUGGCGCAUUCAAGUGUCGACGACGACCGCGGAGAGACUGGUGGCGGCGGGUGGGUACCGCUUGCGUUCGCGCGGGCUGACGCAAAUCAAGGGCAAAGGUGCCAUGCACACCUACUGGCUGCUCGGGAAAGAAGGUUUCGAUAAGUCCUUACCGACGCCGCCGCCGCUCGAGUCAGAAGAGGUCUUGUUCGAGGCGGAAGUUGAAAAUGAUAUCGAAACGAGCGAUCAAUCCAUCGAUAAAAAACCUUCUGUGGGUCAAUUCGUAGAACGACAGCGGUCGGACCCUUCCCCAACUGUUGAUAAGUUUUCCUGGCAACGCUCUGGCGCUGUUUCUGCGGAAAGUAGUCCUCCUCCGCCCUCUCUACCGCGCUGUCGCUAUUUACGCUCAUCUGUCUCUACGGUCGCUAGUCUACUCGAUACGCCGAGGCUCUCAGAUCGAUGGGCAUCGUCAGGAGCACGUACUUUACGGAGACAGUGGUCGUUAGAGCGAGGCGACGCGUUGGCAGCGGCCGCAGCUGAGACGCCGGCCGCGACCGUCGCGCCGGUGGAGCCGCUGGCUCUGCGCGCGCCGCCGACGCGUCCGCCGCUGGCUCGCUAUCGCACUCGGCGCGACACGUCCACGCUCGACGUGUCCGACCGGUAGCCGCGGCUACGAGGUAGCUCGGAUCUUCCACAGCCCUCUCCCCGACAAUAAUUUUCGUAGUCGAGCCCUAAACACUCGAUGUUUUUCAACUUUCCUUUUUAGGUAUUAUUAAUGUUGUGAUCACGUAGGAAAUAUAGACUUAAUUUAUUUCGAAAAAUAUUUUUAUUAAGAGCCUUCGAAUAAAAUAUCCAUUUAUCUCGGAUAAAAUUAAUUAUUUUUUAAUAUUUUCAGUAAGAAUAAAUCUUUUAUCUUU